GUCACUCUUUCCAGACGGUUUGCGCGGAGCGGUACCCGCCGCACUGUAACGCGAAAUAAAUAAUUCAAACGCGAUUUUGAUACAUACACAGGAAUUAUAGGCAGGAAUAAUAAACGCCACACCGUAAUACGAAUAAAGACGCAUCGGAAGAGAGGCGUAUGUUUUCGUUGUUCUUGCUGCAGUGAGUGUGUCGCCGCCUACUUCUCUUCUUUUGUGAGGCAAACAAAAGCCAUCCGUCAACGUGUGUGUGUGUGUGUGCGUGUGCGUGUCGUGUGCGUGUGUGAGAGCGAGUGGGUUUCGGAUCGGCACUGGAAUCCGCAUCGGGAUCGGGACGGUGCUCCGAACAACAAAGGCUCCCUCCCUCCUCUUUGUAAAUAGUACGUCGCGUGCCAAUUGAAUUGUGUUCUUGUUGUUGCAACAGAAAGCAGUAAUGGAAAUGGAAUAACAUAAGCUAAUGUGUAUUUAAUAGUGCGUCGUCUCGUGUGUCUUGCAAAGUUUAAAUUUAAUCCAUUAUUCCAACACAUACAUACAUACAAGGCUCCCCCACCACGCCACACCAGGAACACUCCCAACACAGCGGCCACUAGCCCUGGUUCUCCUUCCACUUUUGCCCCUUCCAAGGCACACAUUGUGUGCGUCAUUCAUAUGUAAAAGAGGAGCAGGAGUUAAGCAGAGAGAGAAAGCUGAAGGAAUAACGGGAAGACGAGCUGGACAAAGAGCGCGCUCCAGGAACAAAAGGAAAGAACAGCUGGAAAGCAGUCGCGGUUCACAGACGAAGAACUUGGCCACAACAAACCCGAAAGAAGAAGAAACACGAAACAAAACAAAGCAAACUAUAACCCCCGACCACCACCACUGGCCACUGCGCUUAGUUCUUGCUUCCGUUGCUUCUGCAGCUGUUUUUGCCACUGGCGCUGGUGCCACUGCGCGUGUGUCAACCCUCGCGGCCGCGUCCAAACGAAAAUUAACAAACAAAAAAGUGAAAGAAGUUCAAUUUACAAUUACGAAUCGUUAGUCCAACACCGAAAUUAAUUCCAGUCCGAAAAAGGGAGUAAACUCCUAUUUAGUGAAGUAAAGUGAACGGUUUUUUUUUUGGUCCCAACAAAUAAAAGAGCUAAAAACAAAAACGAAAAAGAAAUGUGUUCCACAUGUGUCGGCAGCCUGCUGCUGCUGGCUCUACUGGUUGCACAGACAUGCACCGCCAUUCAGGAUCUGCCCCCCGAGCACCAAAAGCAUGCAGAAGAGGAGCAAAACGACGUGCAGAGUGGGCGGGCCGGCAAGCCGAAGAGCGUCAUCUCUGAGGAUCUUAUGUACAAUUACCUCAUGCAGUUUGAUUAUCUGCCCAAGUCGGAUCUCGAAACGGGAGCCCUGCGCACCGAGAAGCAGCUGAUAGAUGCAAUACGGAGUCUCCAGUCUUUUGGCAAGAUUCCAGUUACGGGCGAAAUCGACGCUGCUACGGCCAGGCUAAUACAGCAGCCCCGCUGCGGUGUGGGCGACAAGAGGUACGCGUAUAAUUUCUCCCCCGACAAUCUGGAUCAUGACAAUGGCAUUAGUGUACGUGUGCGGCGUUAUGUCCUGCAAGGACCCAAAUGGGCCAAAACGGAUCUAACAUGGAGCCUGGUCAACCAAACGAUGCCGGAUGCGGGCCAGAUUCGAAUGAUGGUGGCCCGUGCGCUGAGCGUGUGGGAGAACAACUCCAAGCUGACGUUCCGCGAGGUGUACAGCGAUCAGGCGGACAUCCAAGUGCUCUUUGCACGUCGCCAGCACGGCGAUGGCUACAAUUUCGAUGGUCCCGGCCAGGUGCUGGCCCAUGCCUUCUAUCCUGGCGAAGGACGUGGCGGCGAUGCCCACUUCGAUGCGGACGAGACCUGGAACUUUGACGGCAACGCGGAUGACAGUCGAGGAACCAACUUUCUGAAUGUGGCGCUGCACGAACUGGGUCACUCCCUGGGACUGGGCCACUCCUCGGACUCGGAUGCGGUCAUGUUCCCAUGGUACCAGAACAACGAGGUGGAUGGCAAGCUGCCGGACGACGACCGCACUGGCAUUCAGGAGCUGUACGGCUCCAAGGAGAAGACCUGGGGACCCUACCGCCCACGCACCACCCCGAGCACCACGACCACCACCACCACGAUGCGAACGCUCAGCUACUAUCCCCAGAGGCCCAACAAUCGGCCGCGGUAUCCACCCAACUACGAUCCCAACAGGGAUCGCGAUCGUGACUGGGAACGCGAACAGGAGCGGGAGCGGCAGAGACAGCAACGGGAGCGGGAGGAGGAACGGGCACGCGAAUGGGAGCGAGAGCAGGAGCGCGCACGAGAACGCGUAGAGAGAGAGAGGGAGAGAGAGAGACAGCGUGAGCGGGAGAGGGAGGGGAGCGCACCACCACAACCACCCCCUCGAGGACGCCAUCAACGCCUUCCCAGCAGCCAAGGCCGCGACCGUAUCCAACCGGGACAGCGCCAGCACCAGCACCACCACAGGCAGCACAAGCCGCGCAAGCCGAAGCCCGACAGCUGCAUGACCAGCUACGAUGCCAUUUCCAUGAUACGCGGCGAACUGUUCAUCUUCAGGGGACAGUUCCUUUGGCGCAUCGGGGCACGCGGCAUGUAUCCUGGCUACCCCACGGAAACGCGCCGCCAUUGGGCAGCUCUGCCCGAGAACUUCACCCGAGUGGAUGCUGUGUACGAGAACAAGCAGCGCCAGAUCGUGUUCUUCAUUGGUCGCCAGUACUAUGUGUUCAAUUCGGUUAACUUGGCCAACGGCUAUCCCAAGCCACUGGCCAGCCUGGGGCUGCCCCCGACACUGUCCCACAUCGAUGCCACGUUCGUGUGGGGCCACAACAACCGCACGUAUUUGACCAGCGGCACCCUCUACUGGCGCAUUGAUGACUUCACGGGCCAGGUGGAGCUGGACUAUCCGCGCGACAUGAGCAUUUGGUCGGGCGUGGGGUACAACAUCGAUGCCGCCUUCCAGUACAGCGAUGGCAAGACGUACUUCUUCAAGAAUCUCGGCUACUGGGAGUUCAACGACGAUCGCAUGAAGGUGGCCCACGCCAAGGCGAAGCUGUCGUCGCGCAAAUGGAUGCAGUGCGCCCGCAGCGUCAACGAAGUGGACGACGAGCAGCGCUAUACGGCGCCCCUGGUCUCCGGCGAGGAAGAGACAACGGAGGCGAGUGGCACAAGGGAACGUCGGCUCAGUCUCUAUCUGCUUCUGGCCCUGCUGCUCACCACAGCAUGGAGCAGUUAAGACUCAGCGGAGGGCUUAGGUUUAGCCAUACUUAGCAAUAAGCGCCACGAUUCGCCUCAUUUGGAUUCGGAUCCCUCAUUUUCCACAACCAGCACUUACAUACACACAUAAAUACAUAUAUACAUAUAUAUACAUAUAUAUACGAGUAUAUCUAGAUAUUACUUUGAGCAGAGCGCAACUGUGUGACAGUCUGGCGCUUGAUUGCCCCCAAAGACGACACCCGAGCGGCCUUUUAUAGAAUUAAGGGCACUAAAAUCAGCAGCCAAGUGGCAGUCAUCCAUAGACGCAGAAGUCUAGGGCUCGCCACUUGCUGACUCAUCCUUGGACACUUGCCAAUCGUGGACACUGGGCGCCAAUAGCACCAAUAGCAGGGCUGUUAUACCAGAUCUAUAUACGAUGCAUAAGCUAUAUAGAUAUACAUAUAAAGAUAAACAUAAAUAUACAUAUACCUUAGCAAUACGAGUAUGUAGGUGUAGCAAAUGCAUAUGCAUGCAUACCGGAAAAGUCGACCAUUUAGGAUAACCCAUGAUGGAAAUUUCGGAACCACAACUGCCUUAUAAUUAAGUACAGUAUUGCUUCUGAGUGACGGAACAGGCACGCAUCCAGCUGAGAGCUGUGAGCUGUGAGUCAUCUGCCUCCACCUGUCCUGCCUGUAUCUAUUUUUCAUUUGACCGAACAUUUCUAACUAUUUAUAUAUAAAUGUGAUAUUAUCAUAAAUUCGCGAUGGUAAACGCGCGAUUGUAAACGAAAAAAAAACUCAAACAAACACACACAAAAACCAAGUUAAGCUAUUGCAUUUUUGGUAAGAAUUUAGUUUAUUGUACCUACGCAUAAGAAAUACUUACUUAAAGCAAGAGUAAUUAAAUAAAUGUAGUUCAGUAAA